CUCUCUUUUCUCUCUUUCCUUUUUCUUUCUCUUUUCUUCUUUUUUUUUUUUAUUAUUUCUAUUUUAUACUUUAAUCAAUUUUUUUAAUAUGAAUACAAGGCAACGACGACAAGUGGACUACACUCUAGGCAUAUGCUUCCGUUGUAACGGUGAGUUUGACUUUGACGCAGAAGGCAUAAGACAAGUGAUGCUCAAAUGCCAUGAUUGCCAUCGUAACGGUCGUUCAUGCUUUAUGCACUGAAUUAAAUGAUAUAACAGCAGAGAUUGUUCAGACUUACAACUGGCAAUGUGUUGACUGUAAAAGUUGCCUGGUUUGUUUAUCAAAAAAUGUAGAGGAUAAAAUUGUUAUUUGCAGCAGUUGUGACAGAGGUUAUCAUACAUUUUGCUGCAAUCCACCAUUAAGACAUAUACCCAAAGACGAUUGGUACUGUAAUCAAUGCCUAAGUAUGCCAUCACCACCUUCAUCCCCUGCCAAACAAGUGUGUGAUUCGUUACAGGAUAACAGGACAUACAGAUUAAGAAAAUGUCCAACACCCACUGUGAAAUAUUUGGAAAUGAAACAACCUAGACAACAGGAUGAGAAUAUAGAACCUAAAUCAUCUUCAUCCGCAAAGAGGCUCAGAUUAAGAUUGACUGUGAAUGAGGAUGAUCGUCAAUCAAAACGUGGAAGGAAACAAAAGUUUGGAUUAAGUAAAGAGGAGGAGAUGUUUUAUAAAACAUUUGGUUAUAAACUAUCAGAAGAAGAGGCCAGUAUUGAACGAGGUACACCCAAAGAAAGAGAUAGGGAACAAUUUGAAAAGGCAAAACUAAAGGCAGAAAAGAAAUCGCCUGUGAAACCAGCAAAUAGUGACACGGAAAUACCCAAGAUCACAACAAUCUCAUUCGGUCGUUACAUGAUUGACACAUGGUAUAUAGCGCCUUAUCCUGAAGAGUAUGCUCAGAGCUACAUUCUUUACAUUUGCGAAUACUGUAUGAAGUACAUGAAAAGUAGCUUUGUUGCUGGUCGACAUAAAAAGAAAUGCACAGCUAGACACCCACCAGGUGAUGAGAUCUAUAGAGAUGGUGCAGUAUCAAUAUUUGAAGUGGAUGGUAGGAAGAACAAGAUGUACUGUCAAAAUCUAUGUUUGAUGGCGAAGAUGUUUUUGGACCACAAGACACUUUACUACGACGUUGAACCUUUUCUAUUUUACAUCAUGACAGAGGCAGAUGAACAUGGGUAUCAUUUCGUGGGUUAUUUUUCAAAGGAAAAGCGAUCAUCCAUGAACUACAAUGUAUCCUGUAUAUUAACACUGCCUGUAUUUCAACGAAAAGGAUAUGGUCAAUUCUUGAUAGAUUUCAGCUAUUUAUUAUCAAAAAAGGAAAACAAGAUUGGUACACCUGAACGACCUCUAUCUGACUUGGGUUUAUUAAGUUAUCGAAGCUAUUGGAAGACGGUCGUAUUUAAGCAUCUAAAAGAUCAACGAGAUCCAAUUAGUAUAGAAGACCUAUCACGUCAUUCUGGUCUCACACCAGACGAUAUCAUCUCCACAUUAGAAAACAACCAAAUGCUAACCUUUGAUACAAAUACAAAAUCAUAUUCAAUAUCCAUCAACCCUCAGCUCAUUGAAAGUCAUCUAAAUUACGUAAAUCAAAAGAAUUACAUUCAAGUCAAGCCGGAAAAUUUAUCUUGGACACCAUUUGCAAUCUUGAGAGAUAGACUGACUGGCUUAUUAGGUGAAAACCCAAAGUUGACCAUCAAGAAUGCAGAUGAGUCAAUGGACAUUGAUAUUGAUUAACACAACAAUAAAAUCUUUUCAUUUUUUUUUUUUUUUUUUU